AGCGGUUCACGUGGGACUUGGACGCGCCUCCGUCCUGGGCCGGUGGGGACGUCCCUCGAUCCGGCCAUGGCGCGACUUGCGCUCUUGCUGACCCUUAUCCUGCCCGGUAUCGCGCAGCAGCCCGCCCGGCCGCCUCCCUUCUUCCCCGCCGCCGGCUCGGAACCGACCCGCAGCUGCUCCGUGGUGCUGGACCCCGUCUCCGGACAGCUGGAGACCGUGACUGGCUGGGUCCCCGCGGCCGUCGCCUGGGCUAACCUGACCGAGGGCAUCCGGGAGACCGGAUGGGCCUCCCUGGAACUAACCACCAAUGAGAAGUAUAAUGACAGCCUCCAGGCCUACGCAGCAGGACUGGCGGAAGCAGCCGUGUCUCAGCAGCUCAUCUACAUGCACUGGAUGAACACGAUGGUGGGCUACUGUGGGCCGUUCAAGUACCAGACCAACUACUGCCAGAAGCUGAAGAAAUACAUCGAAGCCAACCUUGCCUGGAUGAUGCAGCUGAUGGAGGCAGCGGAUGAUUCUGAAUACUGGUACCAGGUACGCCUCGCCCUGCUGCAGCUGAAGGGCCUUGAGGAUGGCUAUAACGGCCGGGUGGCCUUUCCGAUCGGCAAGUUCUCCAUUGCACCCUUUGGCUUUCUUUUGUUCCAGUUAGGGGGCGAUUUGGAAGACCUGGAAUCGGCCUUCAACAAAUCUGGAAGCCACCGGGUCCUUGGCUCUGGGUCCUGCUCGGCAUUCAUCAAGCUGUUGCCUGGCAACCAGGACCUCCUUGUCUCCCACGACACCUGGAAUACGUACCAGUCCAUGCUACGCAUCCUCAAGAAGUAUACUUUGCCGUUCCGGACUUCAGCCCGCAGUGACAGCUUGAUCCCCGGGUACGUCCAGUCUUUCUCCUCCUACCCGGGCGUCAUCUUCUCCGGCGAUGACUUCUACAUCUUGAGUAGCGGCUUGGUAUCUCUGGAAACCACCAUUGGGAACAGCAACAGCAGCCUGUGGACGUUCAUCCAGCCUGAGGAGAGCGUCUUAGAGUGGCUGCGCAACAUCGUGGCCAACCGGCUGGCCACAAGUGGAAUGGAGUGGGCGGCCAUUUUCCAGAAGUUCAACAGCGGCACGUACAAUAACCAAUGGAUGAUCGUGGAUUACAAAUCUUUUGUUCCAGGGAAGGCCAGCCUCCAGAAGGGCGUCCUCACGGUGCUGGAGCAGAUCCCGGGGAUGGUGGUUUUUGACGACAAGACUGAACUGCUCUACCAAGAAGGCUACUGGGCGAGCUACAAUGUGCCGUAUUUUAAAGAAAUCUUCAACACCAGUGGCAUUCCUCAGCUUGUUCAGAAAUAUGGCGACUGGUUCACCUAUGAGAAGAACCCCCGAGCCCAGAUUUUCCGGCGCAACCAGACGCUGGUCCGGGACAUGGGCUCGAUGAUCCAGCUCAUGAGGUACAACAACUUCCCAAAGGACCCACUGUCCCGGUGCCAAGGCUGUGAUCCGCCACAGAAUGGCGAAAACGCAAUUGCCGCCCGCUCAGAUCUGAACCCUGCUAAUGGCACCUACCCCUUUGGGGCCCUGCGUCAGAGGCCACACGGAGGCACUGAUAUGAAGGUCACUUCCUUUGAGAUGGCCAAGAACUACAGUUUCAUUGCCACCAGCGGGCCAACCUGGGACAACCUACCUCCUUUCCAAUGGACCACCUCUCCCUAUCGCAAUCUGAUACAUAUGGGCCAUCCUGACCUCUGGAAAUUCUCGCCCAUCCAGGUCUGCUGGGGCUGAUGCCUCACAGGCUCUGUGUGUGUGUGUCUCAAACUUUUCCCAUCAUGCUCGACAAGACCCCAGCUGGUGCUGUGGGGCUUUGUGGGUGAGCGUGCCGCUUUUUAUUCUCGAAAGGGCAAAGGUGCUUGAUAAUGAUGGAUACAAUCGGGAUUAUUCGAUUCCACGGAGACACCGGGAGGGGGGGAGCGCUGGAUUUGGCUGCCUGCAAAUCCCAACUUUCUGUUAGUUUGCUUGUUUGCUUUUCAAAGUUUCUAGUCCUUUUGGACGCAACAAUAAGCCUUGAAAGAGUCCAGCCAAACGCCUGCUUCCAGCACAUUAAGCCAGAUGGUGGCUGAAUUAAGAUUGCUGGUGCUCAGGAGUAAAGUGAAUUAUUGGGGGUGGGGGGAGAAGCGGGAGGGGUGUGUGAAAUCCACAAGCCUCACCUGCUGAACCGUACUCCCCCCCACCAGUUUUAGCCAAAUCACACUUCCCCCUAGAACAGCCUAAAAACAAGAGUUAAGGGGGUUUUGCAAAAAAUAAAAGGUGGGGAUUCUUCCAUCUCCUACCCCUCCAUUAAUUACGCCAUGCAUAAUUCCUUGCUAUUUCUGUAAGAACUUUCAAAAAUUACUCAAAAUUGCAGCAUCAGCCGCGCAGAUUAAGGUGGAACAGCUUGUAUCAUAACCAGCGCUGGUUGCAAGAUUGUAUUCUCCGUGCUACAGAAUAUUUAGCUUGUUUUAGCACAAGAUACACUGCAGCCCAGGACUUGAGUGUGUGGCUAAGAUAAUAGGGAGGGAAUCUUGAGGUCACAGCUGCUGAUGUUAUUACGCUCAAAUGUGAGUCUUGAACUUUCAAGAGCUUUGUAGAGGGAAGAUGCGCAGCCCUGACUCCUGGGGAUUUUCCUUCCUUUGCGGGUCGUAUACCAAAGGUGUAGGUGCCUGAGAUCUGCACACUUAACUCCAACCGGCAUGGCUUUCCCAGAGAAUGCCGAAAUCUCCCAUGCAGAGAUGGACAUAAUAGGGAAGAGUUGUAGCUUAGUGGUAUAGCAUGUAGAAGGGUCCAGCUUCAAUCCCCAAUGGUCUCUCCAGGUAGGGCUGGCAGUAAACAGGCUGAAGCCCUAGGGAGCCGCUUCCAAUCAGUGCAGAACAAUACUGAGCUACAUGGAGCAAUGGAGUGACUCAGUGUAAUGCCAUUUCCUGUGUUCCUACAACAGGAAGGGGUACACGGAUGAAGCAUGUGCUUUGUGUCCAGAAGGCCUCAGGUUCACUUCCUGGCAUCUCCCAAGCAGGACUAGGAAAAGCCUCCAUCUAAACCCAUGAAUAGUUUCUUCCAGUCAGCAUAGACCGUAUGAGCUAGAUGGACCAAUGGUGUGCUUCAGUACAAAGCCUGUGAUCCCUGGCACACGCACAAGAGGCUCAGAUUCCCAGGAUCGUUCUGGGAAGACCUGGGCAAAAUCUAAGCCAUUUCCUAUUUAUAUAGUCUGUUACCUAUUUAUAUGGAUGCUCUUCCCAGGCUAAGCAUCUCUCUCCCAUGCUGAACGACUUCCCAAUUUUCAUAUUGCCAUUUCUCUCUGAUCGUUGUGUGUACAUACACAUGGUUGAAAGUCAGGGUGGAGAACCUGAGGCCACCCCGGGGGCCCUGAAUGUAGCCCCUGGGCCUCUGUCCCCCAAGCUGUCCCCAGGACACCCCCCUCACCAGCCCUCCUUUAGUGUUUUUGCCUGGCCAGAAUGUGCCCUUAGUGUCUGAUAAUACCCCUUUUUUGUUUGCCUGGAUACAGAGGGGUAUAUCUGAGUGCAUGUAGAAACCAGCCCACUGUCCAGGGGCAAAAUCUACACUCUGUGCCCUGCUCACUCUUGCCUCUGUCCCUGCCCAACGCUGGCAUCUGGCCCCCGGAAGAUCGCCCAGGAGGGAAUACAGCCCUUUGUACGGAAAGAGCUGCUCACUUCUUGCUGUAGAUCUUGGCUGCAUAGGCCAUUGUAAUGAUGAGAUCCUGCCCUUCUUUGUAUUGCUAUUUCUCUCCUGCGUUUAGGUGCAUGUGUGAAAGCGAGGUACUUGGCUGCCUGCCUUAAAAGCAACCGCUUGACAUGACAGGAAGCAUUUUCUAAUGGUUUGUUUUGCUACUGCUUCCUCUAUCAAAUCCUUGGGCUUCGUUGCAGAGCAGGGAUCCUCCAAGAUCUUGUUGAUUUGCAGCUCCCUAUCAACCCUGCCCAUUGACCAUGCUGGCUGGCGCUGAUAAGAGCUGGGAGUCCAGCAACUUCCAGAGAGGCACAUGUGCCUCAACCUUGUUGCAGAAUUGAAGCAAAUUCUGCCAAGCAUGCGCAAAGUGCCUUUCCUAUCAUCAUCAAGUAGCCACAAAUUCCCCCUGCAACCCAAAUAUCUGUAGGCGAUUAACAGGCAUUCUAAGUCUGAUAAAUAAUCUGCCUCUUGGCUGUUUCCAACUGGCUGCAUUCACACUGCAGUUUUGGUUCCGUUUUCCGGACACUUCCCUGUUAAUUUCCGCAUUCUAUUUGAGCUUCCAGAAUUGUAGUGAAAUAUAGCACAAGUUUGGAGCUCGUUUUCAUGUUAAUCUGCAGAUGGAUUUCUUUUUCUCCCCUGGAAGAAAACUUGUGCUAUAUAUUCUAGGAAGUGGCUUCUAGGUCAUGUGAAAGCUCAAGGUAUAACAUGGAAAUUGUCGGUUAUGGGAAUGUUGAGGAAAUGGUAUAAACCACUCCGGAAGUGCUUUUUAUGUCAUGUGGAAGCUGAACAAUAAUGCAGGAAUUAACAUUUAGGGGAAUGUCAGAAAAAUAGAAUCCCCCGUUGUGUGAAUGCAGUCUAUGGGUACAGAGACCUCCCUAUGUAUAAAGCACAGAGUUGGUAUUUUCUAUGCACGGGCAUCGGGGGGGUGCUUUUCAGCGCACAGUGCAACAUGGGAGCAGAAAAUGCUGACAUAGAGCUUACUUGUUCCAGCUCAAGGAUGAGCAGAAGAAAGUGGAUCUGGAACUACUGAGGGAUCUCCACCUCUCCAGUUGUUUAACCAUAGCAACAACCAAACAACUCCUUCCUCCCCUUAAAUAUAUUGCUCAGUUGAAGAAAGCUUGGAGCAACCAGGAGUUUUUGUGUGGAAGGACUGUAAGCUCAGUUCUGUGUGGAUGCUCCCAAAAAACUUCCAGGGCUCAAAUUUAUUUUUUCCCAGUCUCUGUCUUUUGCACUAGUCUCCAGUUGGUGGUUUAGAAAGGGGGGGAGGGGUGUCUAUUUAAACAAAGCUUGCCCACCCCCUGCUUGAGCCAAUGUGGGCUUUAUAUUCUAAUUACAAGCAUGAAAAACGCAAAGGAAAACCCGAAAAAGCAAUUUGCCUUCAAUGCUUAGGAGUUGCAAGGGACGUCUUUCCUCCUUUUUUCCUUAUACUUGAGCCAAAAAGGAUAUGAAUCAGUCUGUUGGUAGCAUAAACUCUGUCCCUGUGGAUCAGGGUAUAUGAGUGUAUUGGCCAGCUAUAUGAAGGGAAUUCAGUCUUGCCUUGUAUGAUCAAAAGUUAUUGUUAUGAUUUAUUUUUGGUUUUAAUAAAUAUCAACACUAACUUGA